AUGUUCAAAAUAUUCUCUAAGGAUUCAGCUGAGCGUCAUAACUUCUCACCCCUCAUCGCUGUAGGGCCGCCCCCCAAACAUGGAAAUGCCCUGCGCAACGGUAGUCCAAGUUUUUUGCUGAGCACAACGCAUGGCGGCUCCAUCCAUACCAGCGCCACCUACACCACCACCACCAGCAGCAGCAGCAACAGCAACCAGUUCUCUUCAGAUACGGUGAAGAAUCGAUCGAAGAAGGGCGAGCUGGAUGGGAAUGGAUGGAUGGUUGGAUGGAUGGAUGGAUGA